AUGGCUCGAUUCUUCGGCGUCGUUUUGGUGCUAAUGGUUUCUCUCUUGCUGGCCUCGACCUGGGCGCAAUCCCCUGCAUCGUCACCAGCCAAGUCUCCCUCACUUUCCCCCAAAAAAUCUCCCGCCGCCCCUUCUCCGUCGAGCACUCCACCUACUGCCGCCGCUCCUUCUCCAUCGAGCACUUCACCAUCCGCUUCUCCUUCGACAUCUCCCGUCGCUGACACUCCACCUUCUCCCCUAUCGUCGUCUCCGACUACUUCUCCAUCUUCAGUUUCUGGACCUCCCUCCGAGGCUCCCGCUCCUGCUAACGGUGCUGUUUUGAACAGGUUCUCAGCCUCCGCGUCUGUAGCCGCUGGGAUCUUCGCUGCUGUAUUGGUUAUGUAG